GCAUUCCCUUCACUGCACAGUCAAGACGGCCAUGGCCUCGGUUUCGUCAAUGGAGACGGUCACUCCUCACGCACCGCCGUCCUUGCCUCCCUCGCCAACGGAAGAGGAGGACCUCACUCGUCUGCGACCUUGGGACGAGUCUUCUCGUGCAGACAAGCGACGAAAGGGCAAACAGCGAGCAGGAGACGUCGAUAGUGACUACUCUGACGUCGUAGAGGACUCCGCAAGUUCUGACACGGACCAGCCAAUGGCGUCUGGCUCGUCGUACCCGCCAAUGCGUGAGGAUGAAUUCGAGACAAAACGUGUUGAGGAGACCCUGCGGCGCUGGGAGGUUGCUGAACGACAACGACGGAAGGCUGCACGACAGGCAACGACACACGAGGCUCCCAGUAACCAGCCGCCUUCAUCAUUGGUCGAUGGCGUCAGUCGGCGUGCCAGUUCAUUGUGGACAGCGACUAAAUCCAGCUCCAAAUACCUUCGUCAUCAUCAUUCUGUGCUUAAAUCCCGAGAUUCCAUUGAUUCCGUGCCGCUAGAAGCUCUUUCUCCUAUUCCAGAUUCUUUUCCGUCCAACAGCCGUGCUCCGUCCUCAGAAAAUCCUUUUGAAACCCCUGCAGAGGCAGUGUCGCCGUUUACAGACUCGUACCAGAUGCAGGAGCUUUCGGACGUGGACCAACAAACAGUCAAUUCAUCUGAUAUACGCCAUCCACCCCCGAGUCCUCUUGAUCUGCCUCCUCCACGUAUCUCGCCGCUCGUUAAUAAGCCCCCGCCUGCAACGAGGUCACCUCAAACAAACAUGAUUCCAAGUGAACGUCAAGGUAAUGCUCAGAAAGACGUGCCUUCAGACGGACGGUGGUGGCAUGAGUGGUUGUGUGGUUGCGGCGAGGAUAGAGAGAGUUCCACGAUCCAGGGUGGAAGGACGAAUCCGUUUGAGUAAAUCGCAAUACCUUUAUAUUACUUUCAUCGUGUGGGACCCAUGAUUCACUGUAUCAAAUCGGACAGCAUAAUUCCAUCACUUGUUACAACCUUACGAAACGUUUACUUGCUUCAAGUGAAUGCAUGGCAUUUGGUGUCCAAGAUCCGCCAAAAUUCGGGCAGGAUCUCUGCUAGCGAUUCAUACUCUAGUCUUUCCUCUAAAUCCAAAUCAUGUAAUGCUUCCAGGUUCGGCACGACUCCGCGAGUAGAUUACUACAAGUACUCACAGCUUCCGCAGCCGUCGCACCCGUACUACAGGUCCUAUGCCAG